GGGACAGCCCCUGGCAGUCAAAAUGAAGUGUCUGGUGUCUGUGUGCUGCUUGCUGUCUCUGCUGGCCCUGUCUGCUGCAGAUCUGCUGGCAGAGGCCUCCAUCCACGAUGAGGAGCCUCUGGUGCGUCUGCAGCUCCAGCAGCCGGAGGGAGACCUCUUCUCCUGCGGGUGUGACACAACAGAGGAGCACUCCAGCCAGAGCUCCUCCAACGACACCCCAGCUCCGGAGAGGGCCGUGUGUCAACCCUGCACGCCCCCGCCAGCUUUGAGCACUGAUGCUGAAGAAAAAGAAGAACCAGCCUCCACUCUGGAGCACGGAGAGGAGGAGGAGGAGGAGGAGGAGGAGGAGGAAGCAGCUUUCACCGAGAAGGUGGCAAGUGACGGAGAAGAGGAGAAGGAGGAGGCACCUUCCCAGGAGAGGGUAGUGGAGGAAGAGGAAGAAGAUGAGGUGAUGUCUGCGGAAGAGCCCGUAGAGGAGCCUGAGUCAUUGGAGGACGAAGGUGUGGAGGAGGAGAUAGAAACUGAGGUCGCGCCAUCUGAAGAGGAGGAAGAGGAGAUAACUAAGCAAGGAGAGGCCGAAUUGGAGGAUGAUUUGUCUCGUGAGGAAAAGGAAGUGACUGAACCUCAGGAAGAGGUUGCAGAACAGGACGAAGUUGCUGCUGAAGAAACAGUUGAAGAGUUGGUGGGGGGACCAGAAGUUGAGGACACACAGAAGGACUCAGAGACAGAGGCAGCCGAGCAAGAGGAGGGAGGAGAGGAACCUGUCCUGAACGAAGCUGCAGAGGAGGAAGCUGCUGUUGCUGCGGGUGCAGCCGAGGAGGAGGAGGAGGAGGAGGAGGAGGAGGAGGAGGAGGUUGCAGUAGCUGAAUCUGAAUCUGAACCACAGGCAGAAGCGGAGGAGGCUGCUGCAGCAGAUUCUGGACCUGAGGAAACAGAGCCAGAGGUCAAAGCAGAACCAGAGGCUGAACCUAAAGUGAUUUCAGAGCCUGAGAGUGAGGUGGUUUCAGAGCCCGAACCAGAACCAGAGGUCAUUUCAGAACCAGCACCAGAACCAGAGGUCAUCUCAGAACCAGAGCCAGAGCCAGAGGUCAUCUCAGAGCCAGAACCAGAACCAGAGGUCAUCUCAGAACCAGAGCCAGAGCCAGAGGUCAUCUCAGAACCAGAACCAGAACCAGAACCAGAGGUCAUCUCAGAGCCAGAACCAGAACCAGAACCAGAGGUCAUCUCAGAGCCAGAACCAGAACCAGAACCAGAGGUCAUCUCAGAGCAAGAACCAGAGUUGAUUCCUGAAGUUACACCGGAGCCUGUUGCGGAAGUCGCUUCGGGGGAUGUACCGGUGGAAACCACAGUGGAGGAAACUCCUCUUGUGGAAGACGGUGCUGCUGCUGUUGAGGAGGAGGAGGCACCAGAGGAGAAAGUCACUUCAGCUGAGCCCACAGAGUCUCAAACAAAAGGACAUGGAGUGGAUAAGGCAGCAGGCCGGAUGCCGAGGGACCGCUCCCAUAUUGAGGACACGCUGCAACUGGCUACUGGUGAACCCUCAGCAGAGUUCUCAGCCGCUAUGAAGAAGCUGUUGAACAGCUACCACUCGGCCAUCAAGCCAAUGGAGCAGGCCUACAAGUACAAUGAGCUCAGGCAGCAUGAAGUCACAGAUGGCGAGAUCACCUCCAAGCCCUUGGUUUUGUUUCUGGGACCCUGGAGCGUUGGCAAGUCGUCCAUGAUUAACUACCUGCUGGGACUUCACGGCACCUCCCAGGAACUCUACACAGGUGCUGAGCCCACCACCUCCGAGUACACCGUCAUAAUGCACGGCGAGAAGUUCCGGUCCAUCGAGGGCAUCGUCAUGGCUGCGGACAGCUCGCGGUCCUUCUCCUCCCUGGAGAAGUUCGGCCAGGGCUUCCUGGAGCGGCUGGUGGGUGUCGAGAUGCCCCACAAGCUGCUGGAGAGGGUCACCUUCGUCGACACACCCGGCAUCAUCGAGAACCGAAAACAGCAGGAAAGAGGUUACCCUUACAACGAGGUGUGCCAGUGGUUCAUCGAUCGGGCCGAUCUGAUCUUCCUGGUGUUCGACCCCACCAAGCUGGACGUGGGUGGGGAGCUGGAGAUGCUCUUCAAGCAGAUGAAGGGCCGCGAGUCCCAGAUUCGCCUCAUCCUCAACAAGGCCGACAGUCUCUCCACGCAGGACCUGAUGAGGGUCUACGGGGCCCUCUUCUGGAGCAUGGCGCCGCUCAUCAAUGUCACGGAGCCGCCCCGGGUUUACGUCAGCUCCUUCUGGCCCCAGGACUACGCUGCAGACACCAGCCGAGAGCUCUUCAUGAGGGAGGAGAUCUCUCUGCUGGAGGACCUCAACCAGGUGAUUGAGAACCAGCUGGAGAACAAGAUCGCUUACAUCCGCCAGCAUGGCAUCCGUGUGCGCAUCCACGCCCUGCUGGUGGACCGCUACCUCCAGACCUACUACGACAAGCUGGGCUGGUUCAGCGACCCCAGCGAGGUGCUCCAGGACAUUGUCAAUGACCCGGACAAGUACUACAUCUUCAAGUCCAUUCUGGCCAAGACCAACGUCAGCAAGUUCGACCUGCCCAACAAGGAGGCCUACCAGGACUUCUUCGGCGUCAACCCCGUGUCCAGCUUCAAGCAGCUCUCCUACCACUGCGGCUGGUCCAGCGGCUGUCUGCUGGAGAAGAUAGAGAGGGCCAUCUCGCACGAGCUCCCCGCUCUGCUCAGCGGCGUCGGCAAGACCGCGGUCGCACCUGCUCCGGCGAAGGCUGCGCCAACAACCCCGCCGCCGCCGCUCCCUGGUUCCUGCGAAGGCCCCGGGUGUGAAGAGAAGCCCAAGAAUCGCUGGAGGAGGCAGUGAGAUGGAGGAGCAGGGUGCUGGAGGAGGAACAGUGGAGGCAGAUGGCGGCAGCAGCAGCAGCAGCAGCCAGAGGGUUUUUCUGAAGUCAUCCCCGCGGCUGUGGUUUUCAGGACUGGAUGUGGGGAGACUGAGCAGAAAAUGAGAGGGAGAAGAAAAUGUGAAAAGAUACAAAGUACCAAACAGACCUGAGUCACUUAGUAUUUAAAGAUACUUGCCUGUGUUUGCAUUUUGAUCUGUUAGAUGUACCACAUGGAUGAGGUUCACCACACUGGAACAGUGCAGGUAAGUUAUAGACGACAGGAAAUAAUACCCAGUUCAUUUUCAAAUACUUUUCUAUGGCUGUAAACUAAGAGUGUAGGACCUGCGAAGGUCAACAACAAGGGGAGUGUGUGGAGCCUUUCUGACUGCAGUUUGUACGAGUAGUAAAAGUCAUUGCCGUCUGCAAAAAACGUGAAUGUGUGCAAAGAAGGAUCCUUUCCUCCACCACCUUUUUUUUUUUUUCUCAAAAAGAUGGAGGAGGAAAAAAAAAAUCAAAGGCCUUUAUUUCUACAGAGCUGCUCGCGAUACCUUAUGUUCACGAAGUCUGAGAGUGAUUGUUUUUUUUCUUGUUUCUCUCCGUUUUCAAGUUUGUUCAUUAUUUAUUCAAGAGUCUGUCGUUGGAGGAAGGCUGGCAGUGACUCUGCUCCUCCUGCGACUGACGCUGCCACUCUUCGUCUGUGUUGUUUAGAAAAGUCUGGAGAUUCUUGUCAAAUCUGCCGUGCUGUGUUUUUACAGUUAAACCAGUCUUGGUCAUUGUCAUGUCAGUCAGGGCACAUGUUGUAUUUCCAUUGGUGGGACAAUAAAAUAGACAGAAGGGUA